AUGUUCUCAAUCCUCAAGCAGAUUCCAUUUACCGUGCCCACCUCACCACAUGGAACUACGUCUACAAGAAGUGGCUUCAAGAAAGCUGACCAUCGCUCCAUGGAGGAUGCCCCUUCAAGCGGAAAAUCGGAGCCUACUUCUCCUACUGGAAAGCGACCUUCUGUGGAGAUUCCAGGAGCAUAUGCCCUUGGGAGCAUCGACCCGUCACUCUAUAAAGUGGCAGAUGAGGACGACCAUUACGACAUUCCCCCGGACCACAUUGGACGUGUUUGGUUCGCUACUGAGUAUGAACGGGAGACAGAGAAACUAAUGGUCACGCUGAUCAAAGCCAAAAACCUGCCCAGCAGAACCCAAGGAGUGGACAAUGCAUGUGAUCCUUUCAUCAUCAUCAUUAUU